CAUCAAAGGUGUCUUUUUCUAAAAGUUGAUGAUCACAUAAGGAAAGAACAUCUACCUUCUCUCCUCUCGUCGCCAUUCACAUCAUCGAUCGUUAUCGAAAACCUCUUUUUCUUCUCCUCUCUUUGUCCUCUAUCUUUCUACGCAUCUCUCUUUAUAUAUUUUUGUGGAUUGCGGAUUUACUUUACUUUGAAUUAUGUUCUUUUUGUAUAUAAAAAAUCACAUAUGAUAGGUGUGUUUUACUCAAUAAAAGAUGUAGUUUUAUUAAAUAUUAAACUUAAAAAAAAUAUGCCUAAAAUAAAAUUUUCUUUGUUGACAAUAAGCCCUUGUUGUCAUCUAGGAUUGAGAAAGAAUUCAUCUAGAAUUUGCUCGAGAGUAAACAUUUUGCCAUGCAUUAAUUGUGACAGUUGUUCGGAAACGACUUCUCAAGUGCUGUCCUUUUCCCCCAUUUAAUUUCCUAUUGAAUCUUUUGUCAGCAAUAGCCUCUGUGGGAAUUAACAUACCUCAACUGCAAGCCACCAGAGAGAGAAGUGAGAAUGGCUCAAGCAGAUAGCUCUAGGAAGGACAACAGAUGGAGUCUUCAAGGCAUGACUGCACUUGUUACUGGUGGAACCAAAGGAAUCGGAACGAUACAUUCAUGAAUAUAACAAAGCAUCCAGUGGAUUGCGCAAGGUAUGCUAUCGUAGAGGAAUUAGCUGCACUGGGAGCAAGAACACACACGUGCUCACGAAAUAAAACUGACCUCAACAAAUGCCUACUUGACUGGGAAGCAAAGGGUUUCCAGGUUACUGGUUCAGUCUGUGAUGUAUCAUCUCAGGCCCAAAGAGAGAAGCUAAUAAACACUAUCUCCUCUGAAUUUGGUGGAAAACUCAACAUCCUGAUUAACAAUGUGGGAACACUUAUUUCAAAGCCGACUCCAGACUUCACUGCUGAAGAUUUCUCAUUGAUCAUGGGCACCAAUUUUGAGUCUGCUUACAACUUGUGCCAACUUGCAUACCCUCUUCUGAAAGCUUCAGGGGCAGGAAGCAUCGUUUUUCUCUCUUUAGUUGUUGGUGUGGUAUCAGUAAGUUGUGGAUCUUUAUAUGUAGCAACAAAAGAAGCCAUUAACCACCUUGCAAAAUACUUGGCAUUACAUUCAAAAGUUUUCAGAGACUAUCAUCUCUCGAACUCCGAUGGGACGAAUUGGAGAGCCAGAGGAAGUGUCAUCCUUGGUGGGAUUCCUGUGCCUACCAGCAUCCUCUUAUAUAACAGGGCAGACUUUUUGCAUCGAUGGGGGCAUGUCAGUGAAUGGCUUCUUCUGCCAUAAAACCUUACUAGGGAAGAAUAGCCAGGCUAAUUCCCAAUCUUGAAAUGGCGCAUAAGGCUUUGCCCAAUAACAAAACAAGAAAAUAAGAAAUGAAGCGCUCGGCACCUCAGCCAAAGGUUCCUAGCUGUUGCUUGUCUUUCUCUCUCUUCUUCCUCUUGAUCUGCUAGUCUGAGAAUGCAGCUGGUCAAUAAAAAAAAAAUCUGAACUGCUACACUUGUUUGGAUUUGGAUUUCAUUUCUAUUGUCAACCAUAAUGAAACAAAAGCUGCUGCUUCUUGCAUUUUGUCUAUAA